AUGUCUGUUUGGGGAAAACGUGAUGACAGUAUGGAUAAAAAGUGGAAGGAAAUGUCUGUGUGGGGGAAAAGGGAUGCCGAGAUGGACAAAAAGUGGAAAGAGAUGUCGGUUUGGGGAAAACGGAAUGAUGAAAUGGAUAAAAAGUGGAGAGAUAUGGCUGUCUGGGGAAAAAGGGACCAAGAAGUUCCAAAUGUAAAUUGGAACUACAUCGCAGCUUCCGGAAGACACAGUCUUACACCAGAUUUGUAUAAAAAGUGGAAGGAAAUGGCUGUCUGGGGAAAAAGAGAAGACGGUGACUUGGACAAGAAAUGGAAAGAGAUGUCGGUUUGGGGAAAAAGAAAUGAUGAACUUGAAAAGAAGUGGAAGGAAAUGGCUGUUUGGGGAAAAAGAAACAACGAAUUAGAUAAAAAAUGGAAAGAGAUGUCUGUUUGGGGGAAAAGAGACUAUGAUAAAAAAUGGAAAGAGAUGUCAGUUUGGGGGAAAAGAGAUGAUGCCCUUGAUAAGAAAUGGAAAGAGAUGUCUGUGUGGGGAAAACGUGACGGCGAUUAUGAUAAAAAAUGGAAGGAAAUGUCUGUCUGGGGUAAAAGAGAUGAUGCCCUUGAUAAGAAAUGGAAAGAAAUGUCUGUAUGGGGAAAACGCCUCACGCUGCCAGACCUAGAUAAGAAAUGGAGAGACAUGGCAGUCUGGGGAAAAAGAAACGGUGAACAUUUCGAUAACAAUAAUGAUAAUAAUAAUGUAGACAAAGACGGGGCGUGGGAGAAACGUACAUUACGGCAUGUUAGAAAUUGGCGCGACAUGGACAUGUGGGGGAAGAGGCCCAGCUGGAGCAAAACAGGAUUCACAAGCUGGGGCAAAAGAUCGCAAGACGUAGAUCUCAGUAUACUUCAAGAUUACAUUCAGAGGACAAAGCCUUUCUUAGGUGA